AUAUCUAUAGUCAAAGAGUUUCUGUCACCCACACAAAGCUCUCUCUUCGCAGCAAAAACCCAGUACCGAGUACUUGGAACUUUUUUCUUUUUUUCCUUUCUUUCUUUCUUUUCUUUCUUUUCUUUCUUUUUAUUCAAAUGGAAGAAGAUGACCAAAAAGAGCUGCAAUUACUCCCUGCUCCACGCUCCAAAGCUUCUUCAUCACACAUGUCAUCGCUACCGUUGGAUUCUUCCACAAGGUAUCGAUCAAAAGCAGGCUCUCAUGAUAAUCAUAAUCAUAAUCAUAAUCAUAACCGUCGAUUAACCGAAGGGUCAUCGAUGGUUGAUCUUCAAUUAUCAAUAAGUCUAAGACCGAUCACGCCGGCAUCGUCGGAUUGGGAAUAUCAUCUUCAUCAUCAUCAUCAUCAUAAUCAGCAGCAGCAUGAGGAUUUGAAAGGGGAUCAGACGAGCUGUGUGGAAUCGUUGAAAUGGCAAGCGGCGGAGCAGAUUCGAUUGGCGGCUAUGGAGAAAGCUUAUGCUGAGAGCGUGAGAGAGCUAACGAAGAGAGAGAUGGAGUUGGCUCAAUCGGAGUUCGCACGUGCGAGGCACAUGUGGGAAAGAGCAAGGGACGAGGUUGAGAAGGCUGAGAGAAUGAAAGAGAGAGCUACUCGUCAGAUUGAUUCUACGUGCAUGGAGAUCACUUGCCAAUCUUGCAGACAAAGGUUUAGGCCUUAGAUAACAAAUAUAAUAUAUAUGUUUUUUUUUCCUUUUUUUUUUAUUUUUGGAGUAAUGAUUUAUUCGGGCUUUUUCAUUGGAAAGGAAAAAAAAAAAAAAAAAAGAUUGAGAUAUAUG